AUGUCCCGCCCACCCAACAGCCGCGCCUCACAAGCCGGCCUGGCACCAAACCAACCUCAAAUGCGCGGCUCCUCCAUCUUUGCGCCAACACCGCCCUCCGCCCUCGCACCUCCCGGCGCACUCAGUCGACCAGUCUCGCGACAGUCGCGCGCCGAACCGCCUCCUCUCAGCGCCACAAUGGGCCCCAUGCCCGGCACACUCCAGAACCCAAUCGAGCCCCGCCGGAAACGAAUCAUAGUCACCUGCGACGGCACCUGGCUUGACUCCGACAACGGUCUGAUAAAUGGCAAGAAGCGGCAGCCCUCUAACGUUUCCCGCAUCGGCUGGGCCAUACGUGACACCUCAAGAGAUGGCUUCUCCCAAGUAGUCCACUAUCAAGCAGGAGUGGGUACUAGAGGCACCCGCUUCUCGCGCUUCCUAGGCGGCGCCCUAGGAGUCGGGCUGAAAGAAAACCUGCGCGAAGCAUACACCUACAUCGCCGUGAACUGGCAUCCCGGCGACGAGAUCUUCCUCCUCGGCUUCAGCCGCGGCGCAUUCACAGCACGAAGCGUGGCAGGCAUGAUCGGCGACAUGGGCCUCCUCACCCGCACAGGCCUCCCCUACUUCGGUGAGAUCUUCGAAGACUACGAACACCGCCACAAAGAAACCUACUUCUCUGACUUCCCGGAUGUCCCCUUCCGCAACAAGCCCGCCUUUGGUCCAGAAUACGUCGCCGAACUCGCCCGCCUGGGCUACACACGCCUCAAGAUUCCCAUCCGCGCCGUCUGCUGCUGGGACACCGUUGGUAGCUUGGGCAUACCGCAAAUCCCCCUCCUCCAGGCCUUCCGCAUUCAGCAAAAAGAGUUAGGAGAGCACCAAUUCUACGACACGAAACUCAACCCUUACAUCGAGAACGCCUUCCAAGCGCUCGCGCUGGAUGAGAAGCGAGGACCAUUUAGCCCUGCACUGUGGGAGAAACGCGACAACGACACCGUCAACCUGAAACAAGUCUGGUUCCCCGGCGUCCACUCCAACGUUGGCGGCGGCUACGACGACGAAGACAUCGCCAACAUCACCCUGGCAUGGAUGAUGAGUCGCCUCGAGCCCUACUUGGACUUCCGCCCCGACUUCCUCAUGCGUCAGUACGAAGAGAACCGCAACUACUACAAAUCCAUUGGCGAGCGACCCCGAUGGUGGAGUUUUGGCCAGAUCUACAACAGCUUGAAAGGCAUCUAUGUCCUUGCGGGCAGUAAGCCGAGGACGCCAGGCGGGUACUACCGCGUUGAUCCCUUCACGGGGCAGACGACGCACAAGCGGCUGAAGAACACGAACGAGUACUUCCACGCAUCCAUCCGUUCACGUCUUGGCAUGGGUGGGCCCGGCACUCUAGACAAUGGCCCCUACGAGCCACAAGCGUUGAGGGACUGGACGUUUGCGCCGGAGCAGGCUCGUGGCGGCCAGGGCGGGAAUAGUGCGGAUGGCAUGACGGUCGUGUGGACGAAUCAUGCUGCUGAGGAGACUGGUAGCCAGCAUAAGAUUCCGGAGGCGAUAUUGUUGGAGAGUGAGUUGACACUGUUGAGGAAUAGUCAGAAGGUUGAACAAUACAUCCGCAACUUGCAAGUACCGCACAGAGAAAAGCGGAAGCGGCCGAGGACGAUGAAUGGAGAGAUACCACCACUGGGGGCAAUGGGCGAUGAUCCGAGGAGGAGGGAGAGGAGUCGGCCGCGGAGUAUGGUUGAGCCAGGGGUGAUGGAUGAGAAGAGGGAGGGCCGGAGGCGGAAGAGGAGGAGUCAGGUUUAUGAUGAUUAG